AUGUGUAUAUUCGGACGCGCGUUUCUUCUUCUUCCUCUUUCGGCUCUUCUCUUCAGCCUUCCUUCUCCCUCUAUUUUUUUCUCUUUCUUUUUCUCUCUUUUCCCCACCCACUUCGUUCCUACCACUGGCUUCGCCUCCUACCGUUUUCGGCAUCAGUUUGUAACCUGGCGAGAGUUCGCCGCACAAUGUACUUUCGCUUUACCCCCUUCAAACGGACGCCUUCUCCCUCCUCCUCGUCUCUCGCUAGGUCUCAUCGGCAGUUUUACUCUCACUACACUAUACAAUGACCCAACCCCACCCGCGACGCAGCAUCCACCGCCACCAUUGUGUACAUCAUCAUCGCCGGCACGAGCAUCAAGUAUAUCAGCAGUGACACCGCCUGAAGCAGUAGCUACCACUACAGCGGCAACAUCUCCACACUCUCCGCCACCACUUAUAUUUCUCUCUCUUUCUCUCUCUCUCUCUAUCUCACCCUUUUUAUUUUUAUCUAUCUAUCUAUCUAUCUAUCUAUCUAUCUAUCUAUCUAUAUUGAAUUCGAUAUCUCUGUCAACAGUCUAUCCUCAGCUCUCUGUCUAUCUCCACCUAUCUAUUUAUCUCUCUCAGUCUCUUUAUAUUUAUAUAUUUUUGCGUCUUUCUCUCUCUCUUUCUCUCUCUCUCGAUCUAUCGAAAUCUAUCUCAAUCUUUAUAUUCAUCUGUUUUCGUAUCUUUGAACAGCCUUUCCUACCCUACCCUCUCUCUCUCUUUCUAUCUAUUCUCUUUAGAUCUAUUUAUCUAUUUCAAUCCUUUCGAAUCUCUUAUGACCAAAAGUGGUUAGCUCGCUUGUCGCCAAAACCAAAACACGCAUCGGUCUCCAAAAUAAUAGCCCUGUGUCAUGCCAACUUAAAUAUCUCUGUCCUCUCUCUCUCUCUCUCUCUCUCUCCUCUGCUUCCAUUUUCCUUAAAAUCAAUGAAUUUUUAG